UCUUGCUUUCCUGUUUUUUCCCCACCUUGGAACCGUCUCCUAAGACUACACCGAAUUGUUGCCACAGAAGCAGUGGUGAUGCCUGGCUUCAUUCAUCUCAGCCCCGCGAGUCCAGAGGAAGCCCAGUGUCUGCCAUCCUGACCAAACGUGCUCAUUGCUCAACAGACACCGACCAAAAGGACGCGCUGAUGAAAGGCAGGAACAAGGCGUGCAUUUGCAGAAGCACAGGAAAGGGAAGUUCUUGCCGCAGACCCCACAGCCCAAGUCAGAGGCAGAGGGAGAACCGGACAGCUCGGGGCAGCCCUGGGCCCUGCCACUGCCUCCGGCCCCCGGGUCUGGGACAACGGCGCCCUCUGGAUGGGGAUUUGGCAGGAGGUGGAGGCCGGAGGGCAGACCCUGGGAGGGGAUGUGGGGAGGCUCAGAGGUGGCUUCAGAGGUGCUCAGAGACGGCCACGCCCUCGGCCGCAUCCUCUAGGGAGAGCAGAGUCCAGCUGAGGAGGAACCCCCGCUGAGCAACUCGGAGCCUGGGCCUCGGUCACACACUCUGCAUCUCUCUGUCCCGCUGCCUCUGAGGACUGGGCGAGUCACCUCAACGGCUGGGGACCAUGGGAGGCGGCAGCACGACCCCGAUCCUCAUGGCCCUUCUCUGCCUCGGGCUGUGCUGGCGCCCAUGGGACCAGGUCCAGGCAGGGGUCCUUCCCAAACCCUCCAUCCGGGCUGACCCAGGACCCAUUGUCCCCAAGGGGAGCCCUGUGACCCUCUGGUGUCAGGGGUCCCCACAGGCUGAGGUCUACCGUCUGUAUAAAGUGGGGGACUCUGGACUCUGGGAGGAUGAAGCCACACAGGACUCCAGAAACACAGCCCGGUUCCACUUUGAAUCCUUGAGCUCCCGCCAUGCAGGGCGGUACCAGUGUAUUUAUCGCAGCAGGAAGGGCUGGUCACGGCAGAGUGACCCCCUGGCCCUCGUGGUGACAGGACUGUACAGAGCACCCUCCCUCUCAGCCCACCCGAACCCCGUGGUGGCGUCAGGAGGGAACGUGUCCCUCUCCUGUAGCUCACAGUUCUGGUCGGGCACACUAUACCUGCUGAAGGAGGGAGGUGCUGAACCACCCCGACGCAGCACGUGGAGGAAAUUUGGGAACUCGGGAAGGAGGGAGGCCCUCUUCCCUUUGGGCCCCGUGAACGCCUCCCACGGGGGCACCUACAGAUGCUAUGAUUCUCCCAGCUCUGAUCCCUACCUGUGGUCUCAGCCCAGUGACCCUCUGCAUCUCCAGGUCACAGGUGUGUACAGGGAGCCCUCCCUCUCGGCCCAGCCGGGCUCCCUCGUGCUCCUCGGAGACAGACUGACCCUCCAGUGUCGCUCAGACGCCGGCUUUGGCAGAUUCGCUCUGACCAAGGACGAGGGAAGCACACCUCCCCUCCGGCUUGACGGCCAGCACAGCCCCGACUUCCCCCUGGGUCGUGUGAGCCACACCCGAGGGGGCCGGUACAGGUGCUACGCUGCACACAACCUCUCCGAUGCAUGGUCAGCCCCCAGUGCCCCCCUGGACGUCCUGAUCGCGGGAAUGUACCGGAAACCCUCCCUCUCAGCCCAUCCAGGGACCUCAGUGUCCUGGGGAGAGAACGUGACCCUGCAGUGUCUCUCUGAGAUCGUGUUGGACACCUUCCACUUGUUCAAGGAGGGGUCGCUGGCUCCUGCCCAGAACCUGCGUCUGCAGGACAUGGUUGCACCCCUUCAGGCCAACUUCACCUUGAGUCCUAUGACCUCAGCCCACAAUGAGACCUACAGGUGCUACACCUCACAGAGCACCUCCCCCUACGUGCUGUCAAACCCCAGUGACCCCCUGCAGCUCUUGAUCUCAGGAGGCUCCGAGGACGGGCUCAUGGAGUCAGGCCUGCAGAGGGGCCUCCCAUGGUACCUGAGCCUUCUGAUCGGGGUCUCGGUGGCCUUUGUCCUGCUGUUGCUCCUCCUCCUCUUCCUCCUCAUCCGACAGCGACAGCGACAGCGGGGUCAGGACACACACAGGAAGUCAGCAGCUGCACCAUCAGUGGCCAAGGACCGAGGCCAGCAGAAGAGCUCCAGCCCAGCUGCUGACGUCCAGGAGGAGAAGUUGUAUGCUGUUGUGAAACACACAUGGCUGAAGGACGGCAACCCGCGCGACAGUCAGGAAGCAGAGUCAGAAGGCCCCCAGGAUGUGACCUAUGCCCAGCUGAACCACGUGACCCUCAGACAGGGGACAAUGGCGCCCCCUCCCUCCCAGGCAGGGGAGCCCCCAGCAGAGCCUAGCGUGUAUGCUACUCUCGCCAUCCACCAGCCCACGAAGGACCCAGAACCCAGGGACUGAACCUCAGGGGCCCCAAGAAGCACAGGAGCUGCCUGCCCCACGAAUGCUGAGCUAGCCAACUCCAUCCAGGCAGCCUGGAGUCCUGACGUGGGCCACCCAGGAACCCCAUGGACCUAACACAGCUGACCGCCAGGGCCCUCGGAACUGCCAUCACCACCUUGGGGUGAGGUAAGGGAGGGCCCACCACGCAGCCUAAAGCCGCAAGGACUUGGAUUCUGCUGCGGGCUUCCAAGCCACUUAAGCAAAGGAUCCUGCCUAGGCUCCCUCCAUGAGGCUGGCCACUGAACGGAUGCUAGAGCCCCAAGUGUGCAAGCCACAGCAGCCACCCAGAGGUUGCUCAACUCCAAGGGCUUCUCAUUUUCCCAGAGACCCAGCCCCUUCCUUACCAGCAGGGUGGCCUCACAAAGCAGAGAAAAGGGAAGCCUGCCUUCCCAGUGACACUUAAUGUUCUCAAACUUCAAAUGCAAGUGAGGGAGACAAGGUUCCCCUCCUGCCCCGUCUCUGCCCAGAUUCCUCCCACCCCUCAAGCAAAACUUGCUGCAUUUCUUUCUGGCUAUUUCAAAGGACUUUCCCCACAACAGGGGUGCAGACAUGUGUUAGGACAUAGCAGCCCAGCCCUAAGACGACAAGGACCAGCAUCUAACAGGUGGGCCCCACUAUCUGAACAAAGCUAAACAGGCCCCUCUACGCCUCCUGCAAC